AUGAAGUUUUUAGUAGCGUUAGCAACCCUGAUAGCAUUAAGCGCUGGAAGCGCUAUCCCUUUGGUUCCCGGGGACAACAGCCACUAUGUGGAGGGCGAAAGUCGCUACAUCUGGAUGCCGGAUGGUGAAGGCAAACCUCACUUAGUAGACUUACAUGAACCUGCUGACGAGGGAACAAUCGCAAGAAACGGCGCUAACAAUCAAUAUUGGCUGUACACUAGAGAAAACCCCAGCAACGCUCAAAUAGUCGUCCAUGGGAAUGUAAAUUCUAUCUCCAGCUCUAAUUAUCGUGCCAAUCGUGGUUUAAAAGUAAUCGUUCAUGGAUGGAACAGCAACGGAAAUACCGCAAUGAAUCCCCUCAUUACAUCAGCGUUCCUCGCAGUGCAAGAUGUGAACGUUAUCGUAGUUGACUGGCAAUCUCUCGCUAAUUCCAACUACUUAACUGCGAGUAACGGUGUUCCAGGCGUCGGUCAAUUCCUCGGCAACUUUUUGGUUUGGCUCAUCAGUACUGCAGGUGGAGACUGGAACAAUGUUCACUUGGUCGGCUUCAGUUUAGGAGCUCACGUCGUAGGAAACGCUGGUCGUCAGGCUAGCGGUCGUCCAGCACGAGUCACAGGUUUGGACCCCGCUGGACCCCUAUGGGGUGGAAAUUCUCUCGCUCUGAACGGCAAUGCUGGUCAGUAUGUUGAAGCGAUCCACACUGACGGCGGUCUUCUCGGUAUAUUUGACCGCAUUGCUCACGGAGAUUUCUAUCCCAAUGGUGGUAGAAAUCCUCAGCCUGGUUGCUGGAUCAGUACGUGUUCACAUGGCAGAGCUCCUGAACUCUUUGCAUCCAGUGUUCGCACAAACCACUUCGUGGCCAGACAAUGCAGUAAUACACAACAAGCAGAGAAUAACCAGUGCACUGGCGACUCCUUUAAUAUGGGCAAUGGCAUUAUUUCUAAACGCGGCAAUGGAAUAUUCGGUCUUCGCACAGGCUCCAACUGGCCUUUUUAAUAAACUUGCUGUCAAAA